AUGUUGAGAAGGAAGAUGGUAUCUCUUGAAUCUACAUGGUUACCAACCAAUUAUAAUAUUGCUGUUGGACUCAGGUGUAAAGAUAAAAAGAGCGUCGAUUUAGUUCUUGAAAAGCUUGUCAAAUCAUUUGCUGCACUUCAUACGCAUAUUGAAGGUGAUGAAUAUGUAUUUCAAUCGCGAGAUGUACCUGUAUAUAGGAUCCCAUCAAAUGUUACCUCAUUAAUUGAUCAAGCAUUUUAUAUGGAAAACAAUUUCAAGAAAAACCCUUCUCAUGUAGCCGGCUCAAUUGCUGUUUCUGAUGACAGUGUUGUAUUUUCAGCAUCUCAUGGUAUUUAUGAUGGUGGCACAAUCAAAAACUUCCUUGAAUGUUUAAGUUUUGGAAAAGAAUUACCAGAAUUAAAGCUCCCAACUUCUAGCUUUGAACCAAUCAUGAAAGAAAUUCAAUCUGUUAAGUGCAUUAUCCCUGAUUACUUCACUGACAAAGACGCUCUUAGAUUCAAGUCAACUGAUUCAGCCUUCAAAAAUAGUGCAGGAAACUCAACAGUUGCUAUUGAAACAAUCUAUGAUAAUGAAUUCCAAAUUUAUGAUAAGAAAGGAAAAACUUUGCAUGGAUUGACAGAGGCAGCACUUUCUUCUUUAGUUCUUGCAGUGAGUGCAAUGAAUGAGAAAUUCGAUAAAACAGGAUUAUGGGAAGUUAUUGGCAUGAGGAAUUUUGCAAGCAAAGAAUAUGAUUUAAGACAAGGACAAUAUUUUGCAAAUAUUCCUGUCAGUGUUAAUAUAUCAUCAAAUGCACCAAUCAGAGAAAUGAUGAAACUCUUCAGAAUAGAUAUGAAGAAGAAAUUGGCCAAUAAGGCAACUUAUCAAUUUUUGAGGGGUAAUAUAUAUGGAUUUCCUAAAGCUCCUGUUAUCAAUGGAGCUCCAAUUGUUUUUUCAUCAGCUGGAAACUUCAUGGUUAAAGGUCCUUUGACAGAUUGCUUCUUUAUGCCAACUUCAUAUGCAGAUGUUCCAUUCGAGCAUUUAUCAUGCCUGAUGUACAGCGUUGAUGAUGGUCAAAAGAAGAAAUUUUUAUUGACAUCAAACUAUUCAACAAAACUGCUGAGUACAAGAGAAGCAAGUGCAUUUGUUGGUCUCACUGCAUACUCAUUGAAGAAUAUUGACUUAAAUACCAAGAUUGGAGAAGCAAUUGACAUGCUUAUCGAAGAAAAGAAGAAAAUAUACAAUAGAACUAACACAAUUGACAGAAUUAUUAGAUUUUAA